CGCUUUGAAGGCUAAACGUCAGACGAGUUUUUACCAAAACAAAAUAAACCUCAUUGAAAAAUCCCAAAACCGGUCCUGCUGCUUAUGCAAAGUUUGAAAAGUUUGGUACUCACCGAAAAAAGUAAUAAGAUCUCCUUGAAAGAUGCCUUUCAUGAAAGGAAGAGCCCCGAUUCGGAGAACACUGGAGUACCUCAAUGCCGGCCAGUUGAUGCUGAAGGACAAGGUGAAAAUCUUCAGCGUAAACUACAAUACAUACGGCGAACACCACGAAGGUGCUAGGGAUUUCGUGUUUUGGAACAUUCCCCAGAUACAGUACAAAAAUCCCAAGGUUCAGGUGGUUACGUUCAAAAAUAUGACUCCCUCCCCAUUCAUUCGCUGCUACUUCGAAAGUGGCAAACAGAUGCUGGUUGAUAUCGAUAGUAAAAACCGACAUGAAAUUUUGCAACAUUUGACCACGGUCGUAGGAAAAUCAGCGGAAACACUGAAAGCGGAAGCGAAGCUGGCCGAAAAGAAGGACAAUCCGGCCAACUUUGGGGUCGGUUGCGUGAAGCACUGCAUUUGUGAAAUUCCCGGACAACUGCCGUGCCCGGGUGUUGUUCCCGUGCCGAAGCACAUGCGAGGAAAGUACAAAUAUCAACAGAAAGAUUAGAUCCCCCGGAUCUUUGCGAUGUA